UUUGUCAAAGAUCCAGACCAGAAAACAAGAACUUACAAAGUUGAUGCUCUUUGCAUCGUCAAGACAGAUCAGAGAGACUUUGCAACCAUAGAAGUAUCUGGAGGACCUGCAGAGCAGGAUUGUAAACAUACAAUGGAAGACACUGAAAAGAUAUU